GCAAAAACCAAGCAAUUAAUUAAUCAAGCAAGCAAGCAAGAAAGUAAAAGAAGGCAAUGGGAAUUUUGAAAAAAUUAAAAGUCAUUUACUAAUCUUUGCAUUUAUAAGAUCCAGCUUUAAAUAAAUAGUUUGUAGAGCAAAGUCACCACAGUCGGAUUAUCUUCUAUUACAUUGAAAUGGUAUUUUAGUGUAUAAGAUUAUCAUUCAGUAUGAAUAUGGAAUCUCCUUUGUAAUUAGCUUAAUUAGUUGGCGGAAUUAGCAUGAGUUUAGUUUCAUUGUUGUUUGCAUAUUUCUUGUCCUCUAAAAAGUUUUAAUACUACUCUGUUAUUUAUAAAUUGUCUCAUAUAGUACUUUACAUGUUCAAUAUGUAGAAGCUUUAUAAUAAUCUUGCAUCGAUGAAGUAGCUGUAACUGGAUCAAUCGUUUUACUUCUUCAUCUUUGGACAGGUAUCUACAAUAAUAUUUCAUUUGUAGCUUGAUUCUUUGUGGCUUGAAAUUGUAUCCUCUAUUGGGUAGGCUAUUAUAGUUUUAGUUGUUGUAAACUUCGAUAUUUUUUAAACUAACAUUAUAGUAUUUACUUAUGUACAAUUUAGUAUAUUCUAAGUUAUAAAUAUUUUCAAAUCUCAAAAGAAGUUUCUUCUCAAAUUAAAUGAUAAAUCUUGGUUGAGCAUAACUGAUUACUUUUACUAGAUUCCUAUUGUCAUCAUAAAAUUUGAUAGCAUUACAAAUUAUAUUUCAUUAAAUGACUGUAAUAAAACAUCGGAGAAAUUCUUUGACUUUAGAGGAGACGAAAAAGAUUCAGAUAAGCUAAAUAAAAAGAUGAGUUAAUUCAUAUUAGAAGAUAUUUUGUAAGCUGAUGACUUAAAUAAUAGCAUGAUAAAAAUGUAAUUAAAAAGUCCUACUUAUAACUAUCAAAACAAUAAUGGUACUAAUAUUUACUAAAGUCAAAGAGACUUAAAAUCAUAUUUAAUAAAAAAAAGUGCCAAAAUAAUUUUUUAAAAAGUUUCAAAUCCAAAAUCAUUUGAGGAAGUUAGCAGCGUAGAAAUAAUAUCAUGUAUGUACAAUAAUAUCUAAUACGAAGUGUAGAUUCUUCCUGUAAUAAUAGAUUUUUAAUUAAGUAUAGCUCUAUAAUUUCAUCAGUUAGAAAAUUAGUCUAGCUUUUUAUAAGAAAGGAAGCCUGCUAAAACUUUGGAGAAAUCUUACUUCAAUUUAAAUAUGACAAAUGUGAAUGCAAUAAACACUCCUACGUAAUUCAAAAGUGAAUCUAUAACUAAAUUACCUUUGUUUGUUAGCAGUUACAAAAAACAAAACCUCAAUAUCAAUGCUUUUGUAUAAAAUAUGAGUGUUUAGAAUACUCCUUCGACCAAUAAAAAUAAUAUUCCUUAAAAUUAAAAUAUGAAUUCAAGCAAUGAAGAAAAAGAAGAAGAAUCUGUAUUAAUUAUUAACUUCUACCACAGCAUUAUAUAAUUAAUGAGUAGAAAUAUUGAUGACCUCAUAGCAAUGAUUGAAUACGCUCUAUAAUUUAGCUAGAGCUCUACAUUAAAAGUAUAAAUUUAGAGCUUAAAGCUACUUAAGUAGGAGUAAAAGCUCAUUUUUGAUGCCGUUUAGCUGAAGGCUAAUUUUAUAUAAAAAUAAUUGCAUCAAUAAAGUCAAAAUAAUUAAGCUAUUAAUAGUGCAGGUUCAAACCAAUUAGCAGAACUUUCACCUCCUGUACUACAAUACCAUUAUUUUGACUUUUCUGAUAUUUCAAUAUAUUUAAAAAAUCAUCUUUUAAUUCAUGGUUAUGAUUACUAUUUUAAUAUAAAAAACUUGAUUCCUUAAAAAUUUUAAAUUUACUCCAAUAAGGAAAUUAUUUAGCAAAUACUUUAAUGUUGCAUUUUCUUAAUAACGGAGUCCUGUAAGUUAAAAUCUAUGCACUAAUAAUAAAGCAAUAUGAUGAGAUCUUUUGCAAGUAAUGGGACACCUAUUCCAUAAAAUAUAAUACAAUAAAAUGUUAAUAACUUAAUAAAUACUUUGGGCAUGACCUCUUAACAAUAAUAAUAGCAAUAGUCAGUUUAAUAAGCUUAGACAAAUAAUUUUCAGCAUAAAAUGAUGACAAUAGAAUUGUCUUAAAUUUUAAAUUAGAAUUAAGUUUCUAAUAUUUCUGUAAAAAUAACUAAUAUUUAGAAUCCAAAUAUAUUAGACAGUUAAAAGCACUCUAAGCUGGCAACAUUCUUUUUUAACGUCCUUAAAACAUAUCUGGAUAAAGUAGGGAUUUUGGCUUCUCUACUUUAGAAAUAGAAUGAAGAUAAUCUUAGAUAUAAUAUAUGCUUUACAAUCUUAUCAGACUGCAACAAUAUUUAAGCACAUUAGCAACAGAACAAUCAAAUUUUAUAGCUGUAGAAUACAAAUACAGGGAUAAAUCGCUAAACUGUCAUGAGUUCAUAGUACUAUAAUAAUUCAGGAAGUCCAAAGAAUACAAUACAAUUUAAGGAAGUAUUAAGUCCUCACAUAGAAAAUGGAAUCCAGCUUUCUAGUUCCAAUAAGGGUCGAGAUCAUAGCAGCGACAACAAUCCAAAUACUCAAAAUAAUUCGCAAAUGAAUUUUCUUAUCAACAAUAGAAGCGAAAGCAAAUUUUAAAUUAACACUUCCCUGAAUAAUAACUAAAAAUUAGAAUUUUAUAACUUGUAAGAAAAAAUUGAAGAGCAAGUUUUAAAUGACACAGAAGAUGACGAAGAACAAAGCGAUAUUGUUGAACCUGGAAAUGAAUACUAAAAUGAUGAGAGUAAAUUAGAUAAAUUAAAAUAAACUGUAAUCAACAGCAGUGCUUUAGUUUAAAACGAAUUCUCUCAUAAAAAAAAUUUUAUAAAAAAUAAAUGCACCCAAAAUACCCAAAAUUUCGACAGCAAACUCAAACUUUAAAAAAUUAAAAAUUUGGAAUAGCAAAAAAAUUACAAAUAAACAAAUAAAUGAAAAAUAAAAAUAUGAAAAGCAAGUUACUAUUCUUAUAAAACAUCGAAAUUUAUUUAAAAAUCUUCAAAUAUCUUUUUUGAGAAGAAACAACCAGCAAAAUUAAAUGAUAAAUUUUAAAUAAAUAUUUAAAUCUUUUGAUGAUUUAUUAAUUAAAUUACUUUAAAUUAUGAACAAAUAAGCAUUGAUUAAUCUUUGUAAUUAUUAAAUUAAAUUUUGUCAUGCCUUUUGUUAUUAGCGCGUAUUACAAUUUAAAAGAAUUUGUGACUGAUGCUGUAUAAAUAAGAUAUGUGACAAAUUAAUAAAAGUUAUAUUAAUCCUAUUAAAAGAAAACUAAUAAUUUUUUGAAAAGAGUUAGUUGUCUAUUUAAAUGUAAAAUAGCCCUAAAUUAAAUUAAAUUUUGUAUUUAAAUUAUAAAAUUAACUAAAGAAAGCUACUUAAUAUCCUU